AAUGGGAAAUUUCACUAUUUGCCCUUAAUAAUAUACCUCAUAUCAAAAUUUAUACCCUUCCUUAAUUUGUACAAAUUUAGUCCAUUAAUUACAUGAACUUCCCAUUUUACCCUUUUUUUUUUAAAAAAAAAAUAAAAUACCUAAAAUCUGAAAUGAUGUUUCUCUCUCUUCCCUCUUCCCUCUCUCUCGUGCACCACUCUCUCUCUCUAGAAAAAAACUGAAAAAUUUAUCAAAAAAUUUCCCCCUAUCCGUCCCACUCUCUUGUCACUCUCUUUAUUUGCUGUUGAAUGGUUGUUUUCUCGGUGGGUGUUGGUGGAAAACCGAAGCACAACUCAAUAUCACUCAAGAAUCUUACACCAUUAUAAUGGGAGACAAAGUGUUCCUUGUUGUAUCGUACGAUGGUGUUUGGUUAUGUGAGAAUUAUAAUUGGAUCUACAAAGCAAAUAGCAGCUUGACGUUGACAGUUACAACCGAGACAACCCUACAAGAACUGCGACAAAUUUUAUAUGAAGAGUUGGAAGUUGAUCCGGUAGCGUAUGAUUUAAAGUUGGAGAUUUGUUCCUUGUACAUGAAGGGAAAAAUGGUUGCGCCAGAGGUUAUUAAGAGAGAACGCCAACUGAGAACGUUUUUAGAGAUGAGGGCAACAAUGUCAAAUACAGAGUUUAUGCCAUUAUUCGUGACCAAGGUGAGAAAAGUUGGGAAUUCGGAGCCUACGCCGCCUACUAAUCCUCUCCCUCGGAGUGUGGUAGGGUCUUGCGUUCCCGAAACAGAUGUUGGGAUUGGUGUGAAUGAGGAGGUUCCAGCCAAUUUAGAGGUUCCGACCAAUUUUGAUGUUCCGACCAAUGUAGGGCAAGAACAAGAAGCGACAGGAUUUCAUCAGUUUGAAGAGUUCGAUACACCCUUCUACAAUAACGAUCCUAUUGUAGAUUUGAAUAUGGACGAUGAGCAUGAUUUAGCAGUCGAUGAACCCGUAGCGGGACCAUUGUUGAGGUUAGAGUGUGUACCGAGUAACCAAGGUACACAGCGAGAACGACAACCUCGUAGUGAAAAUCGCACUACACCCGGAACUAGCGGUAGUCGACUGUGCGGGCGAAGAACAUGCUCGUCAUGCAACGUUCUCAACGUUCUCCUCUUUUGA